CAUGUCAGCGCCCUUCGUGUCUCUGCGCAGGUGCUGCCAGCGGUGGGCUCUCGUCGCCGCUCGCCGGUGGAGCUCCAGCUCGGGGUCCCCGCCGCCUCUGCACACGAGGUUCCUCCUCUACCUCACCCAGCGGUUCUAUGACGUGGAGAUGCUCGUGAGCUGGAGCUCCCUGCAGAGGAGGAAGAUGAUCAAGAAGAGGAAUUCUUACUAUGGCUACACUGAGCAGAUCUAUGGUGCAGAACUAGCAUCAGCGUAUUAUAUCUUGAGUCUGAGGGGAGGAUUUAGGUACGUUGGCCAGUCGGAGUGGUUCCGCGCAGACCAGAGGGGCAAAUUCGACUGGAAGUUCCUGGAUCACAAAGAGACGGCCAUCGAGGAAGUGAACAUGAGCCACACGGUCAUCAACUACGACGGACUGGUGAACCUGGAGGAGCAGAAGUCUUUGCGGACUCUGUCGCUACGCGGAUGUCCUGAGGUGGACGACUGGUUCCUGGCCAGGCUUCACGUGUUCCAGGACUCUCUGGAGGAACUGGACAUCUCUCGCUGUCCUCGCAUCACGACAGGCGGCCUGGCAGCGCUCAGGAAUCUCAAGGGACUGCGGCGUCUGGACGUGUCGGCCCUCCCUGGGAUCUCGAGUCCCGGGUUGCUGGUCAUCCUGCUGGAGGAGAUGUUACCGCAGUGCCAGGUCAUCGCUACCGGCUACGAGCACAGCCUGAGCCAGGAGAGGGGAGAGGAGACGGGAGGGUCGGGGUAGGGAACAAGGCCGGGACUCAGAGGGAUCAAGAGACUGUGUUUCAACGGACGUCGACGCCAGUCGUGACCGUGGAUGGCAGCUCCCUGUUUAAGUGAAGAUACCUGCAACUUCCACAUCCCUGUCCCGGCCUAACGUUUCCUUUAACCCCGCCUCCCAGUCCUCGUCGCCAGCCUUGUUCUCUGACUCAUUUCUCAAAAGGAAAUAUCUUUACAUUUUUUUGGCUAUUGGAGCAUUUUCAACUUUUAGGACCUUUUUUAUGAUUUCAAUAAAAGCUAAUCAUAGGUGUGCACUGGGAAGUGUGUUCCACUUUAAAAUAUAAAUAUUCACUGAGUUACAGAGCAAAGUGAGUCUAUGGGACCUGGAGAUGCCACUAUUUAGCUAGCAUGAACCCGUUAUUGACGCAUAUUUGACAUGAGCAUGUGAAAAAAUAAAAUACAGUAAGUGUGGAAGAAUAUUGUACUACCAUCGGUUUUGUUGAGUCAUGCGGCUUUGUGAUGUAAAACAUGACAUGUCAUCGCAGUCUGCUCGCGUUGAGUCAACUUGUUGUCUGGAGUGCACACAUUUAUGACGUAAAUGCAAAACCAGCUCUAUUUCCAGCAAACGUAGUGAUGGUUUUAUCUGCUGAAACGUAAAUGUACAGAAUAAAUAUUCUAAAUUGUAA